AUGAAUCACGACCGUCGGGUCAAGAACAUCACCAUCCUCUCCUGGAGAUUACCAUUCACUUCUCCCUCCUCCUCCUACUCAGACGCUCUCUCUCGUUCCCAUCCUGACAUUGACCUCGUUGACUUACCCGAAAUCGAAGACCCUCCCCCACUUGACCUCUACACGAGAGUUGCCGAGGCAUACAUAUAUCGGUACAUCAUCAAAGCCUUGCCUGUCCUUAGAGAGAUUAUCUCGGCCCUCGUCUCGUCCUAUCAUGCUUCCGGUUCAGUUCAUGUUGUUGGGUUGGUUCUUGAUUUCUUCUCCAACCCUUUGAUCGACGUGGGUGACGAUCUGAAUAUACCUUCUUACAUCUUAUUGACGUGUAGUGCCGGAUUCUUGGGUUUGAUGAAGUACCUGUCCGAACGUCACAGAAGGGUAGCGUCCGAGUUCGAUGACAGGUCCUGUCACGAGCUCUUGUCGAUCCCUGGGUUCCUUUCCCUAAAAAACAAACAACUCCUCAAAGAGGAUUUGGUUGCUGGGAUUGCCAUUGCUGAAACUCUUUCAAUGUCUUGCUUCAAUAAGAUCAUUUUCCCAAAAGAGAAGCUUCCUGGGUCGGGUCGGAUUCUCGUUCUUCGUCCUUAG